AUCAUCCCGGCCCUGGGAUUUUGACCGGCUCUCCUUUAGAUUAGUAUAGAAAUAGCAGCAUUAGUAGAUUGGUAGAUCAGCCUGAUUUUACACAUUUACUGACUGGCUCCCUUGUUUUAGUUUCAAAAACAAAAAAGGACACAAGCUAAUACUUUUGAAGAUUCCAGAAACUAGUCGAGUCCGUGACUCAUUGCGCGCGCACGCACAUCCAGACUGGUGACAUUCCAGAGGAACAGAGAGCAAAAAAAGAAAGAAACCAAUAGCUCAUAGCCUUCGCGAGUUACGCUAACUGGGCCAGAACCCGUUUGCCGAGCUGGACUCUGUUUUUGUUCCUCACUUCCAGAUGAGAAGGGGGGUUUCUGACUCGGCCUCAUUCCUGAAACCAUCUCCCGAGCGCGUGGGACGCACACUUGUCUCGGUGGAAGGAGAGACGCACACGGAAGAUUUCUUUUCAGCACAGGUGUAUAUUUUGACCGGACUCGCGAUGAGAGGCUGAAGAGGAGGAGGACUGAUCUGGUUAGUUUAGGACGUGUUGUAGUUUCCGUGGAUUGUAAAACUCGCCAUGGAGGAUCAGCAGGGAGACCAAAUGGACUUUCAGUCCGUGAGGGCCAUGUUCCAGGAGAAAGAAUGCGUCAUGGGGCAACCUAAGAACAAACCUUUUUCCUCGGAUAAACCUAAAGUUGGCCCCCCUUCCCAGAGCCCCACUUAUCUACCUGCAGGUGCACGCCCCUCCCUGCUCACUUCCAUAAACCACGCCUUGGAAACCAACACAGUGAACGCCCCCCGAGUUGUCUUCAGGGAAGAGAAGAAGGAGAGCAAAAAGCCUCUUGUGCUGACUAAUUCCAAAGCAAAAGACAAACCUGACAAGAAAGUCAAGGAAUCUAAAGACAAGACAGCAAAAGAAGAUGAGGAGAAGCUCCUCGACAAUUUGUCGGAUCAGAAGGAGAAGAGAGAGAACGGUAAGGACAAGAGAUUCCCAUCCCUCCUGAAUCAGAAGGAACCGGCAGCAGUGCUGGUUGAAGCGUCGGCACCACCCAGAGCCCCAACAACAAAGAAGAAAGGCUUUCAUGUUCUCAAGAAGAGUGCGAAACGAGACUCCACAAUGAUCUCCGAUCCAGUCUUAGACACCUCAGGUUUUGAUGUUUCUGGACCUGCUCCACUGAUCCCAGUUUCUUCUGAUGCUGGAAGUGUGCAAAUGGAGCCUCUGUACUCGAUACCAAAAGCCCGCCCACUAAUGAAGACGACCUUACCUGAACCCAGUGCUGCCGUGGACUUGACCCCACCCUCCUUUACCCCUGACUUCUGUCCACCUCCUGCCGUCACCCCAGAGGUCCCUGUUCUGACAGUCUCAACCCCGGAGAGUAAACCCCCAACUCAGAUACCAAGUCCUGCCCCUCCAUCUACUGCGGCUCCUGUCCCUCCAAACCAUGGAACUCCAUCCCUUCUACAUGUCGGUCCUCCUACCCGUCCAUCCUUUGCUGCUCCUCCCCCUCCAAAGCGUUUUACUGCUACCCAUCCAGCUGUUGCCUCUCCCACCCGUCCAACCUUUCCUGCUCCUCCCCCACCUAACUCUUCACCUUUUGCUGCCUCUGCUCCUCCAAACCGCAACACCCCUUCCCCUCCACCUAUUGCUGCACCUCCUCCAAACAUCAGGGCUCCCAACUCUCCACCUACUGCUUCACCCACACCUCCAGAUGCUGAUUCCCCAGCCCCUGAUCCAUCACUUUGUGUUACACCUGACCCUAGACCAGGCCUUGCUCUCGCCGAUCCAUUUCUUGUGGCCUCUGCUCCAUCCCUCUCCCCUUCUGAACAUCAGCGUGCAACAGAGGUCCAUGCAGAGGCUGUAAAUGUAGCUUUAGUGAAGAAGCCUCCUUCCAAAGAGGUUGACCCUCCUUCCUUGGAGUCACCCGGAGGUGAACAUCCCAUCUCGGCUCUUUCAGUCCUGGAGAGGGCAGAAGACAAGGGCCCUGGAAAGAAAACAUCUCCAGGAGAUCUAAGGAUUUUAAACGCUCUGGAGAAUUCACGCAAGAAAAACGGCAGUCCCUUGUUGAUCUCUCCUCGCGCCACUCCUCCACCUGAGGAGCGUCCUCAGGAGGACCCCACCAAAGACCUCCCACAUAUCGAUUAUGCAGGAAGGAAACAUCCCUCGCCCAAUCCGGUUAACGACAUUGACCACGAAGUCUCUCCAGUAUGGGAAAAGAUAAGUAAGGAGAAGACUGGUGCAGAGCUCCUUGUGCUUCCCCCUCCUCCAGCCAAACAAGCCCUACCAGACCUCAAGUAUCCAGAGCAAGCUCCAGAGAAACCCGACAGACUUUCCUCCGUCAUCCAGGAUCAGUUUAUUCCUCCUCCUCCUCUUUUUGAAGGAGAUUCUGGGCUUUUGGAAGCUGAAACCACUGAUGGUCCAGAGUUUGAGGAGUUGGCUUCAGAUGCUUACUCCCCAGAGCUUCCAUCAUCAGAGUGGGGGAACGAGCUUGGCACCGAUAUUACAGGCGGUCAAAGCCCAUUAGAGGGUUUGAGUAAUGGGACAGCUCAUCCAGUAAUGGAUGUCCAUUCUGAACCAGCGAAUGAAGUUGAUUAUGAAGAAGGUCCGGUACCAGUGUCUCCUCUCCCGGUCUUCAAGGAUCCACCAGUAGUGGAGGAGCUGCCAGUAGAUAACCGCAACAGUGUCCUCGUGGAGACGGAAAACGAGUACGAGGACAUCGCCACAUCCCUCAAAAAGAAAGGAAAGCUUAACAAUAGCAAGAAAAACAAAGGGGCACCAAAAAAUCCAUAUGCUGAGUCUGAAAAGGUCGCGGUUCAAGAGAAAACCAAGAGCAGGAGGUUUGCCAGGGGUGAAAAAAAACCUGCUGGUGAGAAGUUGGAUGAGAAGGAGCUGAAAAAGGAGAAGCACCGGCUGGAAAGGGAGAAGAAGGAGCUGAAGGAGAAAAGGGAGAGGGAGAAGAAAGAGCAGAAAGAAAGAGAGAAGAAGGAGCUUGAGAUGAAGAAGAAAUUCAAAGUGACAGGACAGGAGGAAGCCAUGUACCAGGCAAAAGUGACUGAAACAUCGAAGGGCCGUAGGCACAAUUUGCCCAUCAAGAGUGGCGAUGUUGUCAGCAUCAUCCGAACAACCGACUGCCCCAAGGGGAAGUGGCUGGCCCGGGACAACAAGAACAACUACGGAUACGUUUCUGUGAAACGCGUGAAUCUGGACGUCAAGGAGAUGUUAGAGAUGGGGAAGAAAGCAGCCCGUAACAGCACCGUCAUCGAAUCUGGAGAUACCAGCAAAGGCAACUGGAAUUCAAAUGACUUCCAUCCAGAAAGCUUUACAGACGACAGCGAGGAGUGGACCUGUGAGGACGAUGAUCUCCUCACUCCUACUGAUUAUCUCCUCACUCCUACUGCAGAAGCCGACCAGUUUGCUUCAGAGAGACACAACAAGGCUCUCUCCAUGCCAGUUAUGGGAGUUGAGGACCUUUCCAUAAACCACCAGCACAGUGACAUGGGUGACGGUGACCAGACCCAGACAAAACCAGAAGCACUUCAGAAGUUGUCAACAUUUUUAAAUACACACAAAUCUGCAAAUGCAUCUGAGAGCAGCCAUCCCGAACCAGAGACAAGUCCCAUAUCCGAGCAGGAAGAAGUGGUUUCUGAGCCGGAGGGCAGCUCACUACAGGAAGAAGAGUUUGAUCCCACAGCGGUUAUUUUACCGCCUCCUGACCAGUACGCUGAUACCACGGUGGAGUGAUCACUGUGAGAAGCCAAACCAAACCCAUCCAGCACUGAAAAGGAUUUGUCAGUGGUUUCGAUCCGUGGCAAGCAUCAGUCUCCUGAUACUCUGACAACUACACCUGCUUGACUUUGAACUCAUUUAUCAAACGACUGCAUUUCUGGAUUAAUGUAAUGAUUUGCAAUGAGCAAACUUCAUCUAAGCAGCUGAAAACUCUCCCUUCCAUGACCCGAAGCAGUCGGUGAGGAUCAGACUGGUGAGCUCUGAACUUUGAACUCUGGAACAAGAUGAACUGCCUUUCCUAGCAAGAUCUUAUCUUGUGGAGAAAAUAUCAGGCUUCUGUAAAAUAUCUCUAAAUAAUUGUAAAGGUUGAAAGCAAAACUCCAGAAUACAGCCUACAGAGGAAAAUCCGCUAAAUCUAACUGUCACGACUGGAUUAUAGUUCGGAUAAGCGAACAAGUCUGAAUCUCUAUUUUUGUAUAAAAAAGGUUGCGUACAAAAGGAGGAUUACUUCUAUCAUACGCUUCAGCGUGAGACUAAUCUGUGUGAGAAAACAGCUCGUUUCUAGAUUUUUGGUAACUUUUAUUGACAAAUGCAUGGAUUAUGUUUUAUUUUCAAAUUAUCUUUAAUGGAUUAAAAAAAGAAAUAUUUCGUCUAAGAUCAACAUCUCAGAUGUGCUAAAGUAAGUAAAUCAUUUUGCUUUAGCUGCUUAUAACCUGGAGGGAAACAAUGAGCUUUAUUUUCUUUCAUUUGUUAUUGUUUACAGGUAUUGUUUACCUCAGACUCUUUCUUAUAAGCUGUUGUACACAAAUGUAAGGUGAGGCGAUCCUCUGUGUGUAUAAAAACUCUAAAUUGGGAAAAAAAGGACAAACCAGAAAUGUUGAUUUAUAAAUUUGUUUACUGUUUUUCAAUAAAUACUCAUUUAAGUGCAAAUCCUAA